GAGGAGAGCCAGCGUCCACCCGUCCGUCCUCCCUCGGUCGCCCUGAGCCACAGCCUCGCCUGCUCUGCUCUUUCCGCCCCCGCGACGUCUGGCCUUUGCCCUCCCAGGCCCCUCUGGCCCUCUGCCCACUCCCCACUGCCACCCCGGGGAUCCCCAGCAGACCCUGCCCUGUGCCCUGUGGCUUCUGAACCCCGAAAGGUGGCCACCCCCUGCAGUCCUCCUUCCCACCAUGAGCUGCAGCCUCUCAGCACGGGAAGCCCGGCCGACAAUGUAGACCCGGGAGAAGGGACCUCCCGGCGUGGAUUAACCCUAAAGAGCCCUGCAGAAGACGGGUCCUGCCAGCCACUCCGGACCGGUGUCCCACGGGUGACCCACCCUCACCCCCAGCCCCAGGUCCAGCCCCAGCCCCAGGCCCAGGCCCUCAGGCGCCGGAGUCCUCGUGUUGGCGUCGAGGUGGGCGGCAUGUCCAGCGUGUCCGGCGGGCGGUGGACGAUGGAGGAGAGCUGCGAGCUGGACCUGCUGUACGUGACGGAGCGCAUCCUGGCCGUGUGCUACCCGCGGCCCGUCCACCCCGACAACUUCCGCGCCCACCUCCGGCAUGUGGCGCGCAUGCUGCACUCCAAGCACCGCGACAGCUACCUGCUCCUCAACCUCUCUGAGCGGAGACAUGACAUUACCCAGCUGCACCCCAAGGUGCUGGACUUUGGCUGGCCCGAUCUCCACACUCCCGCCCUGGAGAAGAUCUGCAGUGUCUGCAAGGCCAUGGACACGUGGCUCAAUGCCGACCCCCGAAAUGUGGUCGUCCUUCACAGCAAGGGAAACCGAGGCAGGAUGGGGGUGGUGAUAGCCGCCUACAUGCACUACAGCAACAUUUCCGCCAGCGCCGACCAGGCCCUGGACAGAUUUGCCAUGAAGAGGUUCUACGAAGACAAGGUGGCCCCGUUCGGACAGCCGUCACAGAAGAGGUAUGUCCACUACUUCAGCGGGCUGCUGUCCGGCUCCAUCAAGAUGAACAACAAGCCGCUGUUUCUGCACCACGUCAUCAUGCACGGCGUCCCCGAUUUCGAGUCCAGAGGAGGCUGCCGCCCCUUCCUCAAAAUCUACCAGGCCAUGCAGCUUGUCUACACAUCUGGCAUCUACAACGUGCGAGGAGACAGCCAGACCAGCAUCUGCAUCACUAUCGAGCCAGGCCUGCUGCUCAAGGGCGAUAUCCUGCUCAAGUGCUAUCACAAGAAGUACUGCAGCCCCGACCGAGACGUCAUCUUCCGUGUGCAGUUCCACACGUGUGCCAUCCAUGACCUGGGCGUGGUCUUCGGGAAGGACGACUUGGAUGACGCCUUCCAAGAUGAGCGGUUCCCCGAGUAUGGCAAAGUGGAAUUUGUGUUCUCCUAUGGUCCCGAGAAAAUUCAAGGCAUGGAGCACCUGGAGAACGGUCCGAGCGUCUCCGUGGACUAUGCCACCGCCGACCCGCUGGUCCGCUGGGAUUCCUAUGAUGGCUUUGACGUCCGCCAUGAGGACAGCGUGGACGAGGCCGUGCUGGGCCACACCCACGGCCCUCUGGAUGGGAGCCUGUACGCCAAGGUGAAGAAGAAAGAGGACGGCCUGAACGGCGGCGUCGGGGGCGGCGGGGUCCGCCCGGCCCCCUCGGCCACCCCGGACCACGUGGAGCACACGUUGUCCGUCAGCAGCGACUCGGGCCACUCGACGGCCUCCACCCGGACGGACCGCACGGAGGAGGCCCCUGUGCCCUCGGGCGUCGCUCCCGGGCCCCCCGCCCGCCGCCCGGUGCCUGCCAUGCUGCCUGCUGCCGCCCGUCGUGUGGUGCCUGCCCAGGUCCACGUCAAUGGGGAUGACGCACCACCUACCGAGCGGGAGACGGACAUCUUGGACGACGACGAUGAUGACGAGCGUCCGCGGCCCGGCCCGCUGUCUAACGGGCUGGACGCGCCCGCCCUCAACGGCUCCGGCCUCCCCCGGGACGGCCCGCCUCACGCCCUCUGGCCAGUCCGCCCUUCCUUCUCGACCCAGGAUGGCCUGCGCGGCGGCCGAGCAGAAGGCCUGACCUUGCCUGCCUCACCUGGGCCCGGUCCUGCCUCGGGCGGGAUGUUCCGGUCCCGCUCCUGCCCAGACGCCGAGCCCCGCCUGCCCCCAGCCCCGGUGCGGGGUGGCAGCAGCCGCGAGGCCGUGCAGAGGGGGCUCAGCUCCUGGCAGCAGCAACUGCAACAACCGCAGUGGCAGCAGCAUCCACUACAGCCACCGCUGCAGCAGUGGCAACCGCCGCAGCCUCAGCAAUGGCAGGAGCAGCCUCCGCAGCCACUGCUGUGGCAGCAACAACCCAGGCAGCACCAGAGCCCGCCCCGAUCCGGCCCUCAGGUCGAGGCCUUCCCAGAGAGGCAGCGGGCCUUGGGCGAUCUGGGCCCCCGGCCCUCGGCCCGGGCCUGCUCCUGCAGUCCGGCCGAGCGGUCGCGCGGGGCCUCGCAGCGGGAGAUCGAGCAGUCCAUUGAAGCCCUCGAUGAGCUCAUGUCGGACCUGGGCUCGGCCUCGGCCUGCUCCGCCGUGCCCAAGUCCCGGAGUGCCCCCGGGGCCUGGCCGGGGGCCGCCUCGUCCCCGGGGACCUCCCGCCAGGCGCCCCCCGGGCCGGCUGCCCACGGCUCCCCGGAGUGGGUCCCUCUGGGCCGCCCGCCCUCGCCUUACGACUUCCAGCCCCGGCCGGCCUCCGCUGGACACGCCCGGGACCACCACAGCCCAGCCGGCCCCGUCGCCGCCUUCGGACCCCCGGCCACCCUCCCGGAUCUCCCGCCAAAGGAAGCUCACCUGGGCCCGCCUCGCCAGCCGGAGGAAGAGCCCCUGAACCUGGAGGGGCUGGUUGCCCACCGAGUGGCAGGGGUCCAGGCCAGAGAAAAGCAUCCCGCCGAGCCCCCCGGCCCUGUGCGCAGGCGUGCGGCCAGCGAGGGUCAGCCCGAGGACCCAUCCCCAGAAGCUUCCUCCCCCCGGAGCCCCGGAGUCCGCUCGCCAGUCCAGUGCGUCCCGGCUGAACUGGCCCUCACCAUUGCCCUCAACCCCGGCGGGAGGCCCCGGGAGCCCCACCUCCACAGCUACAAGGAGGCGUUUGAAGAGUUGGAGGGAGUCGCCCCGGCCAGCCCACCCCCCAGCAGCGGAGUCCGUUCCCCUCCGGGCCUGGCCAAGACCCCGCUGUCGGCCCUGGGCCUGAAGCCGCACAACCCGGCCGAGCUGCUCCUGCACCCCACCGGAGAGGAAGAUGGAGAACAGGCAGCUGUCAGUGUCUGUGAAGCAGAGCCCAGGAGCUACGUGGAGUCGGUGGCGAAGACGGCGGCGGCCGGAGCCCUGGACCCCAAGUCGAGGAGCCCGCACCCCCUGGCUGCGCGGGCCUAUGGCUCCGAGUCGCCCCUGAGGAAUGGAGGCUUGGGCGGCUCCUUCUCCCCUCCUGGACCCCUGUCCACUAGCAGCCCCGUUCUCGGGCCGGACAGACCCCCAGGCCUGCAGACCUCAUCUGUGACUUCGAGUCCCAGCUGGGCCUGGACCGACUUGGUCUCCACAUCCGGCCCCGUCGGGCCAUCGUUGGGAAGCUUCCCGUUGGGGGACAGCAGCCUCGGCGGCGCCCCGGGCCCACGCCCCCCGGCCCAGGCCUCGCUCAGCGAGCCAAGCCUCCGCUCUCCUGGCUGGGGCCCUCCCGAGCCCGCGGCCCCCGGGGCCACGCCACCGCCCAGCCCCGCCGUCAGCCCGACCCCCGACGACCGGGCCCGGGCCCAGGUCAGCGUGGCCGGGGUCCACGUGCUGCCCGGAAGCCCCCACACGCUGCGCCGGACCGUGGGCACCAACACCCCGGCCAGCCCGGGCCUCACCCGCCGUCCCCUGGUGUCUCCCGAGCGCCAGGCCCGGCCCGUGACCCCCGAGGACCGACGGCCCACUCUGUCCCGCCAGAGCAGCGGCUCGGGACAGCGCGGGCCGUCCACCCCGUCCUUCCCGCCGGUGUCCCCCGCUGGUCCCCCCAGCUCCGCGUCCUCCUCCCCGGAGCCUCCGGCGUCUGCCCUCAGAGCAGGGAGCCCCUUGCCCGCCGGGCCCGAGAAGCGCAGGAUGUCGGUGGGAGAGCGGGUCGGAGGCCUUCCCAGCUACGCCACAGUCAAUGGCAAGGCCUCCUCCUCGCCCGUGUCCAGUGGCCUGUCCAGCCCUAGCCGCGCCAGCCCCGGAGUCUCCUUCUCUCACACCCUGCCCGACUUCUCCAAGAUCUCCAUGCCAGACAGCAGUCCUGAGACCCGGGCCCACGUCAAGUUUGUCCAGGACACCUCCAAGUAUUGGUACAAGCCUGAGAUCACCAGGGAGCAGGCCAUCACGCUCCUCAAGGACCAGGAGCCUGGCGCCUUCAUCAUCCGUGACAGCCACUCCUUCCGAGGGGCCUAUGGGCUAGCGGUCAAGGUGGCCUCCCCUCCGCCCACUGUCCUCCAACAGAGCAAGAAAGGAGACCUCGCCAACGAGUUAGUGCGUCACUUCCUGAUCGAGACCGGGCCCCGGGGUGUGAAGCUCAAGGGCUGCCCCAAUGAGCCAAACUUUGGGAGUCUGUCUGCGUUGGUAUACCAGCACUCUGUCAUCCCACUGGCCCUGCCCUGCAAACUCGUCAUCCCGGAGAGAGAUCCCACGGAUGAAACAAGAGAGAACUCCCUGCCGGCCAGCUCCGCCCCCGACCUGCUGAAGCAAGGGGCGGCCUGCAAUGUCGUCUUCAUCAACUCCGUGGACAUGGAGUCUCUGACUGGGCCCCAGGCCAUCUCCAAGGCCGCCUCGGAGACCCUGGCCACCAACCCCGCUCCUGCCGCCACCAUCGUCCACUUCAAAGUGUCUGCCCAGGGGAUCACGCUGACCGACAACCAGAGGAAGCUCUUCUUCCGGAGGCACUAUCCCCUCAGCUCCAUCACCUUCUGUGACCUGGACCCUCAGGAUCGGAAGUGGACUAAAGCGGAAGGCUGCGACAUUGGUAGUGGUAUGUCUGCCAAGCUCUUCGGCUUCGUCGCCCGGAAGCAGGGCAGCACGACCGACAACGCCUGCCACCUCUUCGCCGAGCUGGACCCCAACCAGCCGGCCGCCGCCAUCGUCAACUUCGUAGCCAAGGUCAUGGGCAGCGCGGGCCAGAAGCGAUGAGCCCCCACCCUCCCGGGGAGCCGGGGAGAAGAAGAGGGCCCCCCCACCGCCCCCUGCCCACGACCCCCCCACCCCC